UCUGAAAGCCCUAAGCAUCUUUGCAGUUCAUCAGAAAGUGGAGAGUCAAACAGCCGCCGGGCAGUGAACAGAGGCUACCUGGGUGAAUUGCUGAGACUCUACCAAGAUUGGCAUCGCAAUGAUGUCUCCAACAACUACAUUUACAUUCGUAGGGGUCUUCUGCUCUGCCUAAAAUACAUCACCAACAUCCAGCUGGGUAGGGAGACUUUCUUUGGUUCCCGGGGAAUGGAGAUUCUCUUCACAAGUGUGCAGGACUGUCUAUCUUGCAAAAAUCUGGAUCCUAUCAUAACUACUGCAACUCAUAUUCUGAGAAAAUGCUACCCCAAGGAGCAUCUGCCUGUGGUGACUGUAAGAAGUUCCUAUUCCUUCCCUCUUCCUGGGAAUGCCAAUUCUGAACCUCCAUGUGAGGGAUCUGAAGGUAAAUGGCUAAAGGGUGACAGUGAAAGUGAAGGAGAGGAAGAGGCUGAAAAAGACUGGGAGAACGAGGAUGUGGACAGUAAAGAGGAAGAUUGUGACUUGGAGACAGACGUGAAUAAAUUGAGGUCAAGACCAGUCCUUGACCGGCCAGAACAAGAGCUUGAGAAAUAUGAAGCUCUGUGUGCAGAACUUUCCCAGAAUUUUCAGGAUCUUGAAUUUGAGUCUGAGGAAAAGAAGAGCUUGGAGGACAGGACUGAGAAUCUUCCCUCCACUCCCUCUCAUUUCAUUCCAAGAGCUACUUCUGUGAAACAUCCAAACUGCAGAUGGAGAAACCAAAGUGUCUCAGAGAUGGGACCAGAUCCAGGGGAACAGGAUUUCAAAGUCCCAUUGCAGAGCUGGAGAAAGAAGGAGGAAUGCAUAUGGGAUAAGAAUGAUGAAAAGAGAGAUAUUGCUGAUGAAGUCCAGGACAAAGACUUCUGUGAGGAGGAAGAUCCAUCCAGGAGUCAUGUGUUUGCUUUGUGCCCUCUCCCAAAAGAUGCUGCUUGGUACAAAAAAAUGUUUUACCCUCACUGUGAGGCCUCGAUCAAUCCUAGUCCUGCAGGGAGGCUGGAGAGCUCAGAAGUGGUUAGAAAUCUUUUGGAGAAACACCAAAGGGAUAUCCAGUUCCACAGCCCUCAUUUCUACGCAGCCAGGGCCAAAUGUGUGAAGUCCAUCCCAGGCUACAGAGAGCUGGCAUUCCCGGAUUUCUGGGGUCACCAGCCACCCCCGUACAGCAAGCCCGUGUUGGAGCGCAAGCAUGGGGUCCAAAGGGACAAAGUCCUUGAUGAUGUUCGCCGCCUAAUCCAGCCAGGAGAUGUGAUAGGAAGAACUGUGUUUGAUUUAGAUGAUCCCAGCAGUCUCUCAAGCCCAGCUGCUCCAGGCUGCCUGACGUUUUUCUCCAAGUUUGAGUCGGGAAACCUUCGGAAAGCAAUCCAAGUGCGUGAGUUUGAAUAUGACCUAAUUAUGAAUGCAGAUGUGAACAGCAACCAGCAUCACCAGUGGUUCUACUUCGAGGUCCGUGACAUGAAGUCGGCAGUUCCCUAUCGCUUCAACAUCAUCAACUGUGAGAAGCUCAACAGCCAGUUUAAUUAUGGCAUGCAGCUGGUCAUGUACUCAGUGAGGGAAGCUCUCCAGGGCAGACCUCGCUGGAUUCGGGCAGGCCAGGAGAUCUGCUACUACAAAAACCACUACCGCUGCAGUGCAGCUGCAGGAGGAGGUGUGAGGGGAAGGUUCUACUACACACUCACCUUCAGCAUCAAGUUCCCUCACCAAGAUGAUGUCUGCUACCUGGCCUACCACUACCCCUACACCUACUCCACAAUGAUGUCCCAUCUUGAUAUCCUGGAACGUAAUAGGAACCCUAAGAAGGUUUACUGGAGGCAGCAGACGCUCUGCCAGACUCUAGGAGGAAAUCCAUGCCCAUUGCUCACAAUCACUGCCAUGCCUGAGUCUAAAAACAGAGAUGACCUGGAGCAAUUCUGCAGCCGUCCCUACGUGUUCCUCACAGCCCGUGUUCACCCUGGUGAGAGCAACGCCAGCUGGGUGAUGAAGGGGACCCUGGAGUUCCUGGUGAGCAGUGAUCCCAUUGCUGAGCUCCUGAGGAAAUGUUUCAUCUUCAAGAUUGUGCCCAUGCUUAAUCCUGAUGGAGUCAUCAAUGGCAAGACAUACAUGCAAACCCUGGCCCGACUGGCUGCAUGAGCUAAUUUACACUGAGGUGUAAUUGCUGCUGAACUUGGAUGGUACCUUGGAGCUGAUUGUGGUAGACAUCAAACACCAAUGUCAAAGCUGAAUACUUUGGAAUUGAACUAAUAUCACAAGUAAAGGGGCUCUUUUGAGCAUCCAUCUGAAGAUCAAGUCUGUUUACCUGAGUUAAAAACUGUUGGAAGCUACAGAUGUAGAGAUGGAGUUGUUAUUCAUAGGAUGGGAAAGAG